AUGUGCGCCUACCGUAUGUUGGCGAAGUUGCGGUCGCUCAAGUGGGAUGCUAUGACUCGUAGGCUUCCCUGUGCAUGUGUGAUACGUGUUGGGAGGGCUACGAAGAGUCGCAUCAUUUCGUUUCUCGAUGCUAGAGCAAACAGAGCUUGUGAGAGGCGAUUUCCAGCGGGUGUAUUGCAGUGUCAUAGGCGAUUUCUGCCGAGAUUUGCAAGGCGGAGGCGAUUUUCGUCAUUCUCCAACCACCGUGUGAACAAGAUGUCAAAUACCAAAUCAGACUAUAGUGAUAGCCCAAGAGCAUUUGAGGUCGAAUCGGCUUCAGAGAGCUCAACUGCAGGGCUUGAUAGUGCCGAUUUUGAGGGCACUAAGGUAGUAGGGGUUCCAGAGGUGUCUACCGAAUUUGGGAGCACCUCAAGUGUAGAGAUGGUUGAGGUUAAUAACUCUUAG